AACUGUCACGUGACGUGCACAGACACGACCUGUCGUCGUGGCGAGAAACACUCUGAGUGAAAAAGUUCUCACUCUUUAGCCUCAAGUACUCAGGUAAACUGUCAAGUGAGGCAGAAAAAAAAACUCUCCACACCUAGCAAUUGCUUAUCUAAAGGAGCAGACUAUUCAAGAUGGCUGCGCCACACGAAAGAGAGUGUGCUGUGUGCACGAAUGAUUUCACCACACCAAAGAUUCUACCCUGUGGUCAUCUCCUGUGUCGACAAUGUGUCAUUUCCUGGAUGGAUUCUACACCUGAUGCUGGAUGUCCGCUGUGUAGAUGUCCUAUAGUAGAGCAGUCAGAUGGAAGUUCGUCCGACACUGUUGACGCCCUGCCGACAGACUUUGUGAUGGAAGCGCUGGUGGAGAGCGCUCGUGUGCUGAGUAAAGAUCACCUUUGUUGUGUGUGUGAGGACGUCAGGGCGGACUUCAUCUGUAUGCAGUGUCAGGACAUGUUGUGUUCAGCCUGUACAAAGGCUCAUAAAAAGCUUUCAGUAAGCCGCAGUCACGAUGUGGAGAGUGUCAGCACUGUGACACCUGAACGUCUGGCUGCCAGCCGCCCUGCACUGUGUGCUGACCACGGCGACAAACAGGCGGAGUUCUUCUGCCGCGAGCACCGCCUCGCUGUCUGCUCAGCCUGUAAGGCUAACAAACACAAAGUAUGUCCAGAAACAAACUAUCUUGACGAUGAAAUAAAGUCGGUUCAAAAGUCACUUACCGACCUAACAAAAAAUCUGGUAGAAGCGGAGCAGAAGCUAGAGCAGGCUAUAGGUCAGCUGACGUCACGUCUACAGGAAGUUGAUGUCAGUGAAGAAGAAGACAUGGCGCAGGUGGACAAAGCAUGUGACCGUCUUCACAAGUUGGUGGAAGAUGUUUGUAACAAGUUAAAGGACAAGUGUCGCACGCAACAUCUCAAAAUCAGGAAGUCGCUAUGUGACGUCAAGACUAGCCUUAGCUACCGUCUAGGAAAGGUGACGUUACACAAACACAUUGUGACGCGAGCAGUGGCAGUGUCACCACGUCCUGCACUGAUACACAUGACACAGGCUCUGACAGACAGGGUCAACAGCCUUGACCUGAGCGCUGACCUGCAAGGAGAGGUGUGGGUGAAGCCCUUGUCUAGUGUAGAGUGCUGUCAAGAUGUUGUUAGAGUGAUAGAAGACGAGUUUCUGAUGUUGAAGCAGGAGAAGACAGAGUCAAAGUUGGUCUCACAGCGACCACUCCUUGUGUUCCACGACAACUGCGGAAAAAACAUUCGUCUGACGAACGGUAACAGGACCGCGGAGAAGACUGAGCCGAGUACCUUCGGUAACGGGGUGGUCGUGUCACGUGACCCUAUGGUGCCGAACGUCUUGUAUGAAGUCAGAGUGGACUCAGUAACAGGUUGCUACAAGGAACUAUCACUGGGUGUGACAAGAAUUUCUCCUGCACACCUUCCUGUCACACGGUGGUCUGCAGACCUGAAAGACUCCGUUAUCAUCAUGCCCGGUUUGGUCAUCCGCCAGCGAGAACGUGUGCCGUUACCGCUUGCAAAUAAACUCAACAGACUUAAAGUCGGGAGUCAAGUCGGGGUAAUGGUGACCUCAUCCAACGACCUUCACCUCUACAUCAACGGACAGGACCAGGGUGUUGCAGCAGAAAAUGUUACACAACCCUGGUUUGCUGUCUUUAGUGCUGGAAGUUCAGUUGUUAAGGUGACAGCCCUUCCUACAUCUUGGAGAACAUAAAGAAUAUCAGAGAACAAGAAGGCUGAGAGAAUAAAACUAGAAUAUUUUUGUGAUUGAGGAUGGCACAAACCUGGGAGUUGAUAUUACCAAUGAGAGCUCCAGCGAAUUUGUUUCUUCAACCUGAUUGUAUGAUUUUUUCCAGUUGAAAAACAUUAAGAAAAAACUGGAUGAGCUGCCUCCCCAUCCCCUACACACACACACAAAGAAAAGAGGGAAAACAACUUCCUAGCAUGAAGAGGAGUGGGAUGAUAUAUUAUUUCAGCAAAUAAAAUAUUUUGUGUAAACACUACGAAAGUAUACACAUAAGUGCUGCUGUAUAUUAGUUACAUGUUAAAUACCCUGAAUCGAUCUUUGGCUUCUGGUUGUGUUCAUUAAUUUUAGAAAGGCUGUUCAUAAAUUACUGUUCAUCGAUAAUGAAAACAUUCAUAAGUUAUGAUUUGCUUCUGCUACCCAAUAAGUAAAAUUAUUACUUACAGUAUCUGUGCCUCUGCGUAGAGAAAAAAGACUUUCCGGACUGUGUGGGUGGAUUAAACACUUUCAUGAGGCACUCCUUCAUAGCUCGCAUCACAAAUAAUUUGGUUUUAAGAAAUCCUACUACACAAUCUUCACAUAAAAUAAAUACUGAUCAAAAAUGAAAUAUAAAACACAUACCUAAACAAACACACGCCAGCAUACAUUUUGAAAAUAAACAAAGCUGA